UGGUUUUUUUGGUAUUCAUAUUCACAUUGAAGAGUAAUUCAUUCAAGUUUUGCUACUACUUAUUUAAAAAUUGUGAAUAUGGAAGUUUAUUUUGGAUGAUGAUGCACAUAUUAAAUAAAGUGAGUUUAUUAUCAAGGAUAUGAGUAUAAAGUGUCACGCCUCAGAACCCAAAUCCGGGGACGUGGUAGACGCCGUACACUCGUGAGACAGGUCCCACAAGUGCACAAGGCUCGGGACCUUUUUGUUUUUUUUCCAAUUCACAAAAUCUCAAGAAUAAAAUCUAAAACUUAUAUCCAAUUAGGAUGUCUAGCCUUCUAUCUCGUCACUCCCCUCGGUUUCCCCGUCCUCGGUUUCGCUUCCUGAAAUGGUGGACAAGGAAAACUAUGAGAUAACUCAGUAAGUAAAUAUGGAUAGCCCUUGGGUAAAACUUUUAAGCAUGCUAGAUAAACCGUGUAAACGUAACAGAACCUUCACUGAUAAACCGUUAAUGCGAAAAUCAAAUUCGGUUCAAUAGCAAAACGUUCAAUGACAAAACCCUCAAUGCAAAAUCAGAUUCAGUUCAAUAACAAAACGUUUCCUGACAAACCGUUAAUGCAGAAGAAAACUCAGCUCAGUAGUCUCAUCUAUAAGUCAUGGCCAGUGUUAUAACAACCCACUGGCAGGCGACAGAAAUUUACUAGUGUUUAACCCCCACUAGCAAGGUUA